GCUGUUGGGGCGUCCGUCUGUCCUGCCGCAGCCCGCUGCCGGCCGCCUGAGCGAGGGGCUGUUGGGGGGGUCCAUCCAGCCGCUCCACCGCCACCUCCCCGACGCCAUGUACACCGCGCUCCCCAAAAGCGGUUCCCCCUUCGGCCCCGACGCCACCCGCCCGGGGCUGCACAUCUGGCGGGUGGAGAAGCUGCGGCCGGUGGAGGUCCCCAAGGCGACGUGGGGUGUCUUCUUCUCGGGGGACGCCUACCUGGUGCUGCACAACGGGCCGGACGAGCGAGCCCACCUCCACCUCUGGAUGGGCCGGGAUUCCUCGCGGGACGAGCAGGGUGCCUGCGCCCUCCUCUCCACCCAGAUGAACGCGCUGCUGGGCGAGCGCCCCGUGACACACCGCGAGGUGCAGGGCAAUGAGUCUGAUGUCUUCAUGGAGUACUUCCCCCACGGCGUCACCUACCAGGAAGGUGGCGUGGACUCGGCGUUCAAGCCCACC